AUGACUACUAUACAGAGAAAACUUGGUCGUCGCUAUCAAAGAUAUAUAUCUGCACGACAACAAUUUGAAGAUAAAGAAGAUGAUCCAAAAGAUAUUUGGGAACGUAUCAUAAAAAUGUCUGAUGUUUUAUCAGCAAUGGCAAUUGAUCUACAAACAAAUGAUAUAUUUCCAUUGUAUGGUUUGAAUAAUGUUGCACGAAAUGAUUUGAAUAUAUAUUGUCGAGAAUAUAUUGAAAUGGCUAUAGAUUUUUCUUUAAAUAUCAAUCCAAGUGAUGAAGUAAAAAUUUUACGUAUAAGAAGUCAAGAACGUGAAAUUAUUAUUGCUUCUGAUGAUGGAACAAUUUUUGUUAUUAUACAAUCAUUAUCGAAAGAAAAAGGUAGCACAAUACCAACAUUUUCACUUGAUCCAUGA